AUGGCGGAAAGUGGUAGUAUAAGUUCAGCUAAAAUCAGCUCCGGCGAUGCUGUGUCUGGGCGCAAAGAAGAAAUAUUAUGUCAGCCAUGUUCAAGACAGGAUUUACAAACAACGGCUGAUGUCUUUUGUCCUGACUGUGACGAAUUUCAAUGCAAUGCAUGUUCGAAGGCACAUACAGUUUACGCGUUUAUGAAAAAUCACAAGUUAGUGAAUGCGACAGAAGUGAAAUCGAAACCAACUUCCGUUGAUAUGAAAGGAAUGGACAAUUGUGAACAGCACAGUAAGUUUUUGAAAUUUUUCUGUGAAGACGAAAAACAGCUCUGCUGCAGUACAUGUGCUAUAGUGGAUCACCGGAAAUGCCAUAGUGUCGUUGAAGUACAGAAGAUUGCCGGGAAGUCGCGUCCUGCUAGAUCCCAGUUGCAGAAAAUAUUGGAAGACGUAAAAUCAAAGUCGGAGAGAAUUGUUAACCACACUGACUCAUCGAAAGAGCAACUCAGUAAAGAUAUCAAAGCAACAUUUGUGGAAAUUAAAAAAAUGAGAGCUGAUAUGAAUAAAAUGUUCGACGACUUAGAAGCAUACGUUACCAGGGAAACUGACCUGUUUCAGACUGAAGUAACUAAUAAACUGUCAAAGAAACGAUCCAGUAAUGAGAAACAUAUCGCUGAUGCUACAAAGUCACUGGAAAUUGUUGAUACAGUUUUAGAGAACGGAACCCCAUCACAGCAGUUUAUAAUAGAAGAGACAUUGAAAAAACAGGUCAAUGAACUUUGCAAAUACGUGGAAAAUGAAUGUCAACAGUUGCAGGUUGCUACCGUUUCCUUUAGAUUUGAUGAAAGAUUAAAGUUACCACCACUUCCUAUUUCUGAUUACGUUCCAGGAAAGCUAACAUUAAAUUACACCCUGCCUGAAACAAAAAAAUCUGUCGCACCUGUAGUUCCGCAAUUUAAGUUAACGAAGAUAACUUCCAUUGAUUUGAAGCAGACUGGAGAUGAUGUCGGUGAACCGUUAUACAUAGGACUGGAUUUCCUACCGGAUGGUAGACUGGUUGUCGUGGAUAAUCAAAACGAGAAAUGCGUCAUUUACAAUGAGAAACUUCAGACAGUGGGAUCAUAUCAGUUAUCAUAUGCACCACAGAGUAUAGUUGCUAUAUCUGAGGAGGAAGUGGCGAUAACACGCGGCUAUCACAAGAUAGACUUUCUACGUGUCAGUAAAUCUAAUGAUAUAACUUUAAAUAGGACAUGUGAAGUAACGACACAGUAUGCCUCUAUAUGUCUUAAAGAUGAUAGGCAUUUUGUUGUUGGAACUUUGGAUAAUACAAUACAUUUUCGUAUUGUAUCAAUGUCAGGAGAAGAGAAAGAUUUUAGCAUCAGCUUUCCAGAUAAGAAAUAUUCUGUAGGCACUAGUGCGUGCACCUAUAUAAGGAAUACUGAGAAGAUGAUACUAACCGAUAGCCACGAGCAUACUGUUUAUAUAUACGACGUCGCGAGCAACACCAAAGUCGUUGUCAAGGACGGUCAGAUCAAGGAGCCACGUGGUGUGGCAGUAGGUCCAUCUGACUGUAUCCUGGUUUGCAGUAAAGGAACAAACUCCAUUGUACAGAUCUCUCAAACAGGUCUGAUCCUAUCAUCUAUUAAGUUAGAUAUGAACUAUCCAUACAGAAUCUGUGUUUCAAAGGACAAAUCUGUUCUUGCUGUCACAAAUAGCUCUAAGGUUAAAAAGAAGUUACAGUUAUUUAAACUUACAGGCUGUAUGUGA